UCACUCUUUUAUGAAUAGAGAAAAAAUUAAUUUUAGAAAAAAUUAAAAUUUCGCAAGAUCAAAUUUUAGAAAAAAUUAAAUAUUGGGCUUUCAAAGCUGUUGUGCCUUUUCUCACCAUCUUAUUUCUUGCAUCCUUGUAGCUCAUAAACUCAUGGCUAUCCGGAGGAAUAAGACAGCUGUUACGCUGUUUAUCAUCAUCAUCGGCAUCAUCAUCUUACUUACCAUAUUUUUUGCAGGACUCACAACAGCCGCCAUAAUAGUUGCAGGCUUCCUUGUUGUGGCUCUGGCCAUGGGCUUCUGGUAUGUGUUUUUAAGGAAGAAAAGGGAUGAAGAGGAAUGUAUAGAAGAUAAUUUUCUAUCAGGAAUGCCCAUGAGAUUCACUUACCAAGAAUUGAAAGUAGCCACUGGAGAUUUCAAGAAAAAGCUUGGAGGAGGAGGGUUUGGAUCAGUUUUUGAAGGCACUCUUCAAAACGGAGAUAAAAUUGCAGUCAAGCGCCUUGAUGCUAUGGGCCAAGGGACGAAAGAAUUCUUGGCUGAGGUCAAGACUAUAGGAAGCAUCCACCAUGUUAACCUUGUGAAGCUAAUUGGCUUCUGCGCAGAAAAAUUGCAAAGGCUUCUGGUAUAUGAGUACAUGUGUAAUGGGUCUUUAGACAAAUGGAUUUUCUGUAAAGAAUCGCUAGCUUCUUUAGACUGGCAAAUUAGAAGGACAAUUGUCCUGGACAUAGCAAAGGGGCUGGCCUAUCUCCAUGAAGAAUGUAGACAGAGAAUAGUACAUUUAGAUAUCAAACCCCAAAAUAUACUAUUGGAUGAAAAACUUCGUGCGAAGAUAUCAGAUUUUGGCUUGUGUAAGUUGAUUGAUAGGGAUCAAAGCCAAGUGGUAACCACGAUGAGAGGAACUCCCGGCUAUUUGGCCCCUGAAUUUUUGAGCUCAGCAAUCACAGAGAAGGCAGAUGUUUAUAGCUUUGGGAUCUUAGUCAUGGAAGUAGUUUGUGGAAAGAAAAAUUUAGAAAGGUCACAGCCUGAGGAAUUCGUGCAUUUGCUCCCAAUUUUCAUGAGAAAAGCAGAGGAGGAUCAAUUGGUGGUUAUGGUUGACGGAAGCAGUCAGGAUAUGCAACUGCAUAACUCAGAAGCUGUUCAGGUGAUGAAGGUUGCAAUUUGGUGUCUGCAAAGUGAUUACAAAAGGAGGCCUUCCAUGUCAGAUGUGGUUAAAGUCCUAGAAGGUAAUUUGGACGUGGAAGCUGAUCUAGACUACACCUUGCAUAAUCCAACAACAAUAGCAGCAACGAUAAGAGAGGCUGAGCAGGGAACCACAACUUUAAUAUUGCCAUCUUUUCUAUCGGGACCAAGGUAUUGGAGAUACAGAGAGAGAGCCCAAUAGACCAUAGACUGGGAGAUAGAGUUUUGAUCUGCAUUAGGUCCGAGUGUCACCUCAUCCAGCAGUGCAUAUUUUGGAUAGACUCUACUAGUCUUGUAUUUUAUUUUUUUGGACUUUGUACUUAAAUUUUGGACAUGUAAUGUAACUUAUAUAUGUUUGUACAUUAAUUUUGUAUAUGAUGUAAAUUAAUAAUAUUUGAAAAUUUUCUUUUUGAAUUAUUCAUGGAUGAAUGUGAUUAGAUGA